AUGGCCUGGCCAAAGUCUCUCAUUCUUUUGCUUGCUGCUUCGAGCAUUGAAGGCGUCCAGGGCGGUCCUUGCAAGCCUCGUUCGCCCAGCUCUUCUGUUCCAGUCUAUUCGGAGCCCAGUUACAGUAUACCAAUCUACAGUAUAACUACUUAUCCCGUACCUGUAACUGAGUCUACCAAGACUACCACACUCACUUCUUCAAAUACCAAUGCGAGAUCAUCUACCACCACACAAAGUCCGGCAUGGAACUCAGAAACUACCUCAUCCACUCUUUCAAAAACCUCUACAGAGUCUACUGUCUGGACCAAUACCGAAAAGUCAUCAACUGUCACUUCCCAUGAAACAUCCACAAGCACCAGAGCUGCAUCUUCUGGCACUUCCACUAUGUCUUCCAUUUCUACAUCUGGUUCAGUCUCUACAAUCGUGACUAUAAGCCACCCUACAAUAACCAUUAUCAGUUUGGAGACGUCCAAGGACACUUCAACAACUACCAAGGGAACCUCUUCCACAACAAAGAGUAACACUUCCACUCGUUCAACAGAAACCAGUGCUUCUCGCACAACACAGAAUAUUUCUACUGCUUCCACAUCGACCGCUAGCUCUGGCACCACAGAGACUUCUACGCUCGUUUCGACUUCUGUCACUAUAAAGUCAUCCGACAUCACAACUGGAUCUACAUCCACCAACUCUCAGAGCAGCUCGGCUACAACGAGCACCACUGUCACACAUGAUACCACAGCUUCUUCAAGUACUACCACAGGAUCUACUACUUCUGCCUCUACAAGUCAAAGCAAGACAUCAGAGACUUCAAUUUCUUCAAACACAUUGAUUUCCACCACAGCGACCUCAGCUACAAGUGAGAUUACUUCUACGACACACAGCACCACAGCCUCAUCUAGCAUUGAGACUUCAAAAACAUCAGAGUCUUCAGGAACCACCUCGGUUUACUCUACUCCCGAGACUUCAUCAUCAGCCAGCUCCUGGGUUUCUACAACUGAGACUGUGACUUCCACCACUGGAGCUUCAACAUCUACCGUUGGAUCUUCAAGUCAGACCAGCACUUCUGCUUCAUCUGAAUCUAGCGCCUCUAGUACGGUCUCUUCUACAGCCAGUACUUCUUCGUCAUCAGUUACAUCCAUCACAUCCACAUCCCAGUCUUGGACCACAUCUCAGAGUUCAACCUCAACGUCCUGCUCAACUUCUACAACGUCUGAGUCUUCAAGUAGCACUUGGACAUCAAGUGAAGCUAGUACCUCUACCAGUGUGAGCUCUACCUGGACUACCUCUGAUUCGAGUACCUGGAGCACGACCGAAGCAUCAACCACAACAACCUCCUGUGGCACUACGGUUGCUUCAAUUUCUUCAUCUUCAGCCACAUCACAUAGUUCAACGACUUCAGCAUCUUCGGCGUCUUCUACAACCAUCUCUGAGCCCUCGUCCAGCACUACAGGAACUUCAACUUCAACUUCAUGGGCACCUCCAACCUCUUCGACAAUCACAUAUGGAUCUUCGACCACCACAUUAUGUACCACCUCCAUACCCACAAUUCUCACCAGCAAAACCGCAACCUCCAGCGGUACAACCACAUCCCCACCAUCGUCGCACCCAACUUGCUUCCGCUACACCCUCCAUAACGAUCCACCUCGCCCUGCAGACUGCGGCCACACAGGUCAUCGCAAUGGCAAGAAGGCCAAUGUCAUCGGCCAGGGUGAUUCGGAGAGUGUUGAGAACUGCGGGCAGAGUUGUGAUGAGACAGAGGGAUGCCAGGCUGUUGUUUACGGUUACCGGAACCAUGACCUGAACCAGCCUUUCUGUGAUUUGGUUGAUGCGCCUCAUGGUCGUGAUGAUGGGGAUGAUACGCCGUGGAUGUGGUACGAUAUGUCUUGUUUCAACCCAGAUUGUGUCCCUCCGCCGGGAUAUGAAUGUGGCUAUUAG